AUGGAUCCUAUCAAUCUCACCAACAACCCUAAUCUUGCUUCCAGACAGCGUUUACGCUGGACGAAUGAGCUACACGAACGCUUUGUUGAUGCAGUCGCACAACUUGGUGGUCCAGAUCCAAAAUACCUUCCUGACUCCUCAUUGGAUGGGCAAAAAGGCGACAAGAAAGAAACAGGGGAUACUCUUUCCAGUAUAGAUGGUUCACCUGGGAUGCAGAUUACUGAAGCGCUAAAGCUUCAAAUGGAGGUGCAGAAGCGACUGCAUGAGCAAUUGGAGGUGCAGAGACAGCUACAAUUGCGGAUAGAAGCCCAAGGUAAAUACUUGAGGAAGAUUAUUGAAGAGCAACAGAGACUUGGUGGGGUUCUUUCAGAAGUAUCUGACUCUGGGGUUACGGCUCCAGUUCCAGGAGAUAUGUGCCAACAAGAACCUGAUGAUAAGACUGAUCCAGCAACCCCUGCCCCAACCUCUGAGUGCCUUCUGGAAAAGGCUUCCAAAGAGCAUGCCCCAGAUAAGAGUCUUUCAAUGGAUGAAUCUUUUUCAUCCCACCAUGAACCAAUGACACCAGAUUCCUGUUGUCACGUUGGUUCCCCUACUGACAAUCCUAAAGGGGAGAGAUCUACAAAAAAGCAACGGCUUAACAUGGAGGCAGCAUAUUCUGAGCCAGAAUUGGUGCUUCCGCUCGAGAUUUCAAGCAUGUCAUCAUAUCACCGACCAAAUGCAAUUUUCGUUUGCCAAGAACAAUUUGGUCCUUCAUUGGGUAUGUCUGCAGGAAGUGUUAAGGCGUUGGAGCAGGAUGGUAACAGUAGUCUGUGA